AUGGAAAAGGGGAUGAAUGGUGACAGAGGAUAUAAUCGCGAUAGAAAUGCCGAAGGAGGAUAUAAUCGCGAUAUAAAUGCCGAAGGAGGAUAUAAUCGCGAUAGGAAUAACGAUAGAGGAUAUCAUCGCGAUAGGAAUGGUGAAGGAGGAUAUAACCGCGAUAGGAAUGGCGGAGGAGGAUAUAAUCGCGAUAGGAAUAACGAUAGAGGAUAUAAUCGCGAUAGGAAUGGUGAAGGAGGAUAUAACCGCGAUAGGAAUGGCGGAGGAGGAUAUAAUCGCGAUAGGAAUGGCGAAGGAGGAUAUAAUCGCGAUAGGAAUGGCGAAGGAGGAUAUAAUCGCGAUAGGAAUGUCAAUAGAGGAUAUAAUCGCCAUAGGAAUGUCGAUAGAGGAUAUAAUCGCGAUAGGAAUGGCGAAGGGGGACAUAAAGGCGAUAAGAAUGGCGAUACAGGGUAUAAUGACGACAAAGGAAGUAUUGACAAUGGAAAUGGUGAUAGAGGACAUAAUGGCGACAAAAGAAAUAAUGGCGAUGGAAGGAAGGAUAAUGGUAAUGGAGGAAGAGAUCAUCGUGAUUCACGAAAGAACCUUUCAGGUAACAAAGGGGGUCAUGAUGAAGGUGGACAUAAUAGUAACCGUGAUAAAUAUAAUGCUGUUAGAAGAAGACCAGUGGUUGACUCAAGAAGUCGGAAAUUCAAUAAUCCGAAUCUCGGUAAUGCCAAAAAUAAUGAUGACUUUGGAAAGAAUAAAGGCGACGAGAAUGGAAAUGACGACAAGAGAAACGGAAAUGGCCAUGAGAGAAAUGGAAAUGACGACAAGAGAAAUGGAAAUGGCGAUAAGAGAAAUGGAAAUGGCGAUAAGGGAUAUGGAAAUGAAAGAAACGGGAAUGGCGAUAGAAACGGAAAGAGAAAUAUAGAUGAUAAAAGCAUGAAUGGUGGCAAUGGCAAUAAGAACAAUAUGGGGAAUAGAAAUGGAAAUAUACCUGUAUCAGGUUCCGUAUUAAGUAGUACUAUCGGUGAUAUGAUUGUAGAUGCGGCUUUAAACUCAAUACUUUAUACAAUGAAUGUCGAUGUCAUUAUUGACCACGAUUCAUCGGAAGAAUUAGAUGACCCAGAGGACCCUGUCCACAACGAUAAAAAUGAUGACACGCACGACUCAAAAGAUGACGACCACGACUCAAAAGAUGACAACCACGACAACGAAGGUGGUCAUGACGAACACGACGACAAAGAAAGAGAUGACAGGAAAGAGAAUGAAAGAGAAAGAGAACACGAGAAUGAAGAGUCUAAGGAAAGCAGGGAAUCGAGAGAAGACGAGAGAAAACCGACAAGAAUUGUUACUACCAUAUCGCCAAAGCCUACAACACAAGUUAUACCCACAAUGAUGCCAGUCACAACGAUGCUUCCUUCGAUGUCUACAACAAUGCGAACCACCACCUCAACUACAAUCUCAACAACCGCACAGCUACCAUCAAAAACCACCACGAUGAAAUCUGUAACCACAGAUAAACCGGGCCCACCUCCACCCCCUGGUAACUGCCAGGGUCAGGUAAUCAAUGGAUCUACCAGCAUUGGGUGUAUUAAAAGGGAAUGUUGUCAAGAUUCUCAUUAUGAUGGUGGCAUGUGUCCAGGUUCUAAUGUGUGUUGUUUUUCGUCUAACACUUGCCAAACAAAAGACUGUAACUCACGAUCCAAACAAGCAGCUUGUCGAAUAUUACAGAUGAGUAACAGAGGUAAAAUAAGUAUACGAGAUGGUGCAACAAAAGUUGGCGUUAAUCCCAUGAAAAAUCUCCAAGAUGCAUGUAAACGACAAAAGACUCCAUGGUCAAGCAAAGGAUGCCAUGCAGUUUGUUCACCUGUAUCUGGAUCGACAUGUUUAUCUUCCAAACUCUUGAGAUUUAUACAAUCUCUUACUAAUCUCGGUAGAGUCAAGAUCAUUAACAUUACUGGAGGCUGUCAUCGGUGCCAAUCUGGUCAUCACGAAGGAAUGGCUGUAGAUUUAAAGAAAACAGACAACCAUUCAGCCAUUUUAAGAAGAUGUCGAUCUAUGUCCGGACAAGCUAGAAUGGUUCGGAAGAGUGGCGAAAGAUACAUAAGCUGUCGAUUUUUUGGAUAGUAGUUU